UAUUUAAUUUCAUCUAUAUAAUAAUAAAAUCAUGAAAACCUUCUUAUUUGAAAAAUGAGCUUUCAACUUUUAAUCAUUAUUACGGGACAAGACAUAAUCAGAAUAUUUUUAUUACUCCUCGACAUAGGUCUGCAGCAUUUCAACGUUCUUUUUCAUUUCUUGCAGUUAAAAUGUGGAACAGUCUAAAUAAUGAUGUAAAGAUGGAGAAGCGAGCAUGUGAUGAUAGAUGUUGUAUGUGUGUGUGGAUGUAUUUCGGUAUGGUUAACUGUAUGGGGGGUUCGUCGGUGUGCCUUCGCGUCCGUUGCUUUCUGCCGCUCUUCGCCCCCUCUCCGGUGCUCCCCACCCGUCGGAACGUUGACUUUUUAAGUGAGUAAAUACAUUUUUUUUCUUCUGCAAUAUCAAUCGUUCAUGCUCGUAAUGAAUAAAAUCAUUAAAUUCCAGUUUAUUGUUUGUAUAUUAUAAGUGUAAAAUUAGUGUAACACAGGGCAUUUUCACACCCACCCUACUUAUGUAAGGCUGGUGUUGACGGUUAUUUGAUCGAGGAU